AUGCAAUGUUUUGUUCAAGGUUUACGCCAGGAUUUAAAAGAACACGUUAUUUUACAAUUACCAGAUACCUAUGCCGCUGCUGUUGAUGCCGCACGUUUAAAAAACUCCCUUUCUCGUCCAUCAACUUCAGUUUUACCGAAUCAAAGUUCACGCGCUCUUUCAGCUAUAGAUCUCGGUUCAUCGCACGUAACAGCACAAACAACGCGAAAUACGCAUACUGAUGCUCCGAACUAUGUUACACGUCAAGAAUUUAUGAGUUUACAAAAUCAACUUCAGUCUAUCCCACCGAAUAGCCAAAGAGUAGGACCUGCACAAUCACCUGCAAUUUCUUACUACAAUUCGCGUAACCGCCGUAUCCCUGACGGGCGGCCAAUUUGUAAUAUAAUCGUUGUAAUAAAGUUGGUCAUAUUGCCAGUCGCUGCUUUGUCAACUAGAUUUGGAUCGUCCAGACUUUCCUCAGAGUCGUGGGAAUUUUAA